AUGUCUGCGUUUAGUCGAUCGACGGUGGUGCGUAGUGCUGGCGAUGCCAUGUCUCGUGCUGGCGCUCGUGGAUGGGGGUGGUAUCAUCGCUCACUGGCCAAAAUGAACGCACCAGAGGCGGCUGCUGUGGACUACGAUGCUGUCGUACCCACGCCUGUACAGCCGCGGCCUCGUGCCUUCCUAGACGUGAGCAUUGGCGGUGCUAAAACUGAGCGUAUUGUGGUGGAAUUGGCCAAGGAUAUUGUACCGCAGACAGCUACAAAUUUUAUCAAGAUGUGCACAAACGGGUUCAUGUCAAAAGCGCUGGGCUCCGGCUCGUACAAGAACACCAAAUUUCACAAUGUGACCAAGGGCGUGUACGUCGUGGGCGGUGACGUGCUCAGUGGGAACGGCACGGGUGGCCAUGCAGCAUUAAAGGAGAAUCAGCGAUAUUUUGAUGACGAGAACUACGCGCUGCAGUUCUCGGAAGAAGGUGUGCUGGGCAUGGCCAAUGCUGGUAUCAACAGGAACGCGUCGCAGUUCUUUAUCUCACUCAAGCCGUUGCCGCAUCUUAAUGGUCGCAACGUUGCAUUUGGCAAGAUUGUGGAAGGCAAGGAUGUGCUAAAGAGUAUGCAGAGCGUCUACUGUGUGCAGCAUAAGCCGCUGACGGAUAUUGAGAUCGUCAACUGCGGCGUGCUGUAA